AUGCAGAAAAAUUUUUUUGGUGCUAUGACUCAAUCAAAGUUGCAAUCAUUAGAGGAUUCUAAUUUGGCUAAUCGCAUAGAAAAGGAGUUUUCAACAUUUUAUUCGACAUCUGUUGAUUACAUUCAGAAGUGGUUCAGAAUUACUGAUUAUCCGUCUUCUUCUAAGUGGUUAAUGCUGAAAUCUGUCGACACAAUUUCGUAUGAGGAUAUUCGAAAAUCUGCAGAGUUUCUAAUGCCAGAAAUUUCUGUGAAAGAUUCUCUGUUUGAUGAAACGAGUCUUCUAAUUUCACUGUUGAAAGGUUCAAAAGAAAGUUUCCACGAAUUGCCCAUUGAUAAAAAAUGGGCUGUUCUGUUUCAAAACGAACUGUUUUCAGAUUUGAAGAAAUUGGUAUACACAAUUUUUUCCAUUCCUACUUCGAAUACUGCUGUUGAGCGAAUAUUUUCAUUAUGUAAAAAACAAUGGACUGAUGAUAGAAACUGCCUAAAAAUUGAUACUGUUAAAAGUUUACUACAG